CGCAGCACACAAGACAACAGAUAAAAGCCUAUGACGGUGUGUAUGCCGUCACGGCGGCAAGGCCCAAGGAAUAUAUAACCUGUACGAAAGUUUCCACGAGAGAUCCGAUGUCUGGCAGAAUCUCCAUAGCGACAAAGUAUUCAGAUCAUUUAUUCUUUGGGUCUUGGUCAUAUGUCUUGGUGCUGUCCGCUGCUACGAAAACGCUGAACAAAUAAUGUCAUCCGGCGAGAAAAAUCGGUACUGGAUACCGAAUCUCGAAAUCAAUAAGAAGGUCAUCACCCAGGAGAUUCAGUAUUAUCUCGGACCAGAGUCUACAGUCAGGCCAUAUACUCGAGAGGGCGAGGAUGGCUUCCUCAUCACCACUCCUGGAGAGUGUCUGACAGAUGAGCAGAUUGACGAUAUCUGUCGCAAGUCCAAGGAAGUGUGGGAGAAACAAGCUGCUGCUCGUUCGAAGAAAGAGUCGGAUAAACAACUCAAACGACCACUUCAUCAACCAGUUGUGGUAUCUCGAGGCUCAAAGUCUGGCUCACCAGGACACCGCCGUCACUCGGAAGAGAGGAGUGAAGGGUCACGCCGUCGCUCAGGCGACAGCUGGCGUGGAGAGAGCUCCAGGAGAUGAAGCAUGAAUGACCAGCCUUGCCGAUACAUGAAGGGCAUUGGAUAUUUUGCGUUGGUUAUUGCAUAGGCAGCUAGCUAUCUUGAGAACGGGAGGAACGGAACAGCGUGAUAGGGGACAAAGAAACCCGGGUGCUUGCCGGGAACUGCAUAGCGUGGGAAUACCUGUUUUGGUUUGAAAAUCUACAGUAUUCGAUUCUU